AUGAUGCAAAGUUCGGCGGACGGAAGGCCCUGGGGCAGAUGGAAGUGUUCAAACAGAAAGAACCUGAAUGGAACACGCCGAGUAGCUGAGUGUGGUGGGACGUACGAAUGCGUUAACUUGGCUUGUCCCUGUUUAAAGACUUACGGGCACAAGAACAACGUACAGCUCAAAAAGCUUCCUCCUGAAGUGGUUUGCUCUUGCUGUGGAUAUAGCGCGAAACCAAUAGCUUGUUUUGCGAGAAAGAUUUGGGAGUUUCCCGACGGUGCCAGCCAUGUACUAGUUUACCACUAUGGAACCCACAAAUGCACGGCCAUCAAACCAAGUAUCGACGUUUCAAGUGAAGUGAACAAAUUCUUUAAAGAAAACAGCUCUGCAAAACCUUCUCAAUGUGCGUAUGAGUCUUUAAAGCUACCCUUCAUGACACAAAAGAUGUUAAAGACGUGUACGAGAAAGCUUAGGGUUACGCAGACUACAAGAAGCUACAGAAUGGCAAACAAAAAUUCGUGGAGAGCAUUAAUCCUUUGGGACAUUCUUUUGAUGCCAAAGCGACAAUAA